UGUUGUAGAGGUUCUUCAUCAGCUGCUGUUUAACUGCUUAAUGGUUCAUGGGCAUCCUCAGUCAGACACACCUGAGAACAAACUUCCUUGGCGGAUACUUAGUGUCAUCACAAAACAUAGCUACCACAAGUUCUUUAAGAAAGCUCUACAUGUUUGGUCCAAAUCAGUUUAUUUAAGGCCUCAGAUAAUAACUGUAGCACGAUCUCACAUUGGCAAGGAAUAUAAUGAGGAGGCAUGGACAUUGCUGGCACUGAUUUCAAAUUAUGUCACUGUGAAGGAUGCUACUUUUGCUGUGGACUACUUUGAAGAACACUGUCAAGUCAAUUCAGAGGCAAGAUCAUACACUCUUCUACAAGUAUUAAAAGUGUUAAGCAACAGUAUCAAGCAUAUACCUGGGAAUCGUCGCAGAAGCCUUACAAGAAAACUUUUGGCACCUAUCACAAAUUUCUCUGUUGGUGCAGAGCUCAUAUCCCAUAUGAUGGAUACUAUAACACUUCUCAGCUACAGUCUUCAUGGUGAUGAUGCAGAAGGUCAGAAAGCCAUUGAGAAAUGGGCAGCACCAAUUCUGAAGACUUGUGAUGAACAUCUUAAGUAUGUUUUAUUUGAGAAUUCUGGACCACUGGACAGUAUUGGAGAAGAGAAACUUUUUAGGCAUUUGUUCACCUUGGGAGAAGCAUCUAUGUUGUGCCCACAAAAAGUCAACAAGAGGAUGUUCCUUAUGCUUCAAAGUAUAAUUUUUCACCAGCCUGGAGAUAAGUCUACCCCCACAACUAUUCCUUCCUCACAGACGCAGAGCUCCAACCCACCACAAUUACCUUUACUCCCUCCAUGA